AUGGUGGUGGCCACAGUGGUCGUGGUGGUGGCCACAGUGGCUGUGGUGGUGGCAGGUGAGCCCGCAGGGACAGCCCUGCAGGAUGCCGAGGCUACGGGGCGGAAGCUCUUUGCCAAGUCCCCCUCCCUGGAGGCGCCGGCCAAGCGGGACUAUAACGGCGCCAAGAUGGACGGCCGCGGGGACGGCUACCACCACCACCACCACCAUCACCACCACCACCACCACCACCAGUCCCGCCACGGCAAGCGCAGCAAGAGCAAGGACCGCAAGGUGGACUCCCGGCACCGGUCCAAGAUGAUGGGCUGGUGGAGCUCCGACGACAACCUGGACAGCGACAGCAGCUACAUGGUGUCUGGCCGGCACGGCACCGACCAGGCCACCCAGUACUGUGUGGACGCUCCCGAAAGUGCCUUCAGAGACUUGACCUUGAAGAGUCUAAAGGGCGGCGGGGAAGGAAAAUGCCUGGCCUGUGCUGGCAUGUCCAUGUCUCUGGAUGGCCAGACGCUCAAGAGGAGCGCCUGGCACACCAUGACUGUCAGCCAGGCCCGGGAAGCCUAUCCCAGUGCCGGCGGCACCGAGAAGACCUUGAUGCUUCAGGAAGCAAAGGCCAAAGACCGAGCGUACCAGUACCUGCAGGUGCCGCAGGAUGAGUGGAGUGGGUACCCCGCGGUGGGCAAGGACGGGGAGAUCCCCUGCCGGCGGAUGCGCAGCGGCAGCUACAUCAAGGCCAUGGGUGACGAGGACAGCGCCGACUCGGACGCCAGUGCCAAAAUAUUGCCCAGGGCAGCCACGCGGCGAGACAGCUACCGCCGCUCCUCCAGCGCCGACCAGGCCAGGACCAAGUUUGCAAGUAGGCACUAUUCUGAUUCAUAUAUCUGUAACUGUCCCAGCUGCUGCACGCCACCGCGAGUGCUCCCCCGGGGACAGGGCUACGGGCGCUCCUUCACCACCGGCCAGAUCAAUGACGAGCUCAACCACCAGUUUGAGGCCGUCUGCGAGUCGGUGUUUGGCGAGGUGGAGUCGCAGGCUGUGGAAGCUCUGGACCUGCCCGGCUGCUUCCGCAUGCGGAGCCACAGCUACCUGCGGGCCAUCCAGGCGGGCUGCUCCCCGGACGAUGACUGCCUCUCCCUCUUCUCCAUGUCGGCCCCUGCCGGGCCGCCCAUCACCAGCAGCAUCCUGAAGCCCAGCACCUCCUUCAGUUACAGAAAAGCUCCACCUCCCAUCCCUCCAGGAACCAAAGCCAAACCCCUCAUCUCUGUCACGGCGCAGAGCAGCACCGAGUCCACCCACGAGACCUACCUGCCCAGCGAGGUCGCCCGCAGCCCCGCAUGGUCCAAAGACGCCGCGGCCCGUUGCAACUCUGCCGAGAGCCUGGAGAGCUCCAAGGUGUCGGCCGUGGCCCUGGAGCUGCCUCCAGUCCAGCCCCGCGCUGCUCCCAAGCCUUCCACACUCAUCAUCAAGGCCAUUCCUGGUCGGGAAGAGCUGAGGAGCUUGGCUCGGCAGCGGAAGUGGCGUCCCUCCAUCGGCGUCCAGGUUGAGGCCAUCUCGGACUCGGAUACAGAGAGCAGGAGCCAGAGGGAGUUCCACUCCAUAGGCGUGCAGGUGGAGGAGGACAAAAGGCGGGCACGCUUCAAGCGCUCCAACAGCGUGACGGCGGGCGUGCAGGCAGACCUGGAGCUGGAGGGGUUUGCUGGCCUGGCCGUGGCCACCGAGGACAAAGCCCUGCAGUUCGGGCGCCCCUUCCAGCGGCACUCCUCCGAGCCCGAGUCCGGCCGGCAGUACGCUGUGUACAAGACAGUGCACACGCAGGGGCAGUGGGCGUACCGGGAGGAUUACCAGCUGCAGUACGACACGGUGGAGGUGCCCGGGAGGGAUGCCUGGAUGGAGAGGGGCUCCCGCAGCCUCCCCGACUCUGGCCGUGCCUCCCCCUGCCACCGUGAUGGGGAAUGGUUCAUCAAACUGCUGCAAGCAGAGGUGGAGAAGAUGGAGGGCUGGUGCCAGCAGAUGGAGAGGGAGGCCGAGGACUAUGACCUGCCAGAGGAGAUCCUGGAGAAGAUCCGGAGUGCUGUGGGCAGUGCCCAGCUCCUCAUGUCCCAGAAGGUGCAGCAAUUUUACCGCCUCUGCCAGCAGAACAUGGAUCCCAACGCAUUCCCCGUGCCCACCUUCCAAGACCUGGCUGGCUUUUGGGACCUCCUGCAGCUCUCCAUUGAGGACGUCAGCAUGAAGUUUGCGGAGCUCCAGGAGCUGAAGGCCAGCGGGUGGAAGAUCAUGGAGCCCAAGGCACAUCUGCACAGAAACUGCCCUUGCUGGGCUGUGGCUGGUGAAUGCUUUUAG